UCUGAACAGCACAAAAAACCCUUUUCCGUUGCCAGCAAACCACGCACGCACGCACACGCUGCAGUUGUCAGCGCUGGAUAUACACCACUCCUCUUCCUCGCCUAUCCUUCCCUGUCUCCCAUCCCUUCCACCCACUUGUCGCUCUCUCGUAAGCAAAGACCACAGUGAAGGCUCAAUCCGCCUUCUUCUCUGGCUGCCGUCACACCUCGAACAGCAACCAUCAACCACCAUCAUCAUUCAACCAGUACAUGUCGUCACAUCAACCCAACGAACAUCACAUCGCAUCGCAUUCGCCCGUCCAUCCAUCCAUCCAUCCCCAUCCAUCCAUCCAUCAGCGUUUGACACGCACACCCACCACCAUCGUCAGCAAAGCACGCACGCAUGGCGCGAUUGCAAGGGGUUGUGGUGGCUGCCGUGGCGGCGAUGAUCGUCAUCGUGCUGCUUGUGAUGCAGGCGCGCCUCAACGCCAUGAGCGAUACGGUGAAGCAGCUACAGACCACCCUACAGUACUCGCAACAGACUGGAGGCGCAGCGCUCGUCGCCGGCAGUGAUGCCAGUGCACACGGCGCACGCGGUGCGCGGGGAGAUGUUGACGACGCUCUAGGCCAGAGCGUGGAUCAGCUCACACAUAUGGUGCAACAACUCCAGGGCGCCUUCAAGGCCCUCAGUGCCGCCUUGGAUGACCAGGCUGUCCAGCAAGAACAACUCAAGCACAACAUCGAGCAACACCAACAGCACCAAGGAGGGCCCCAGCAUGCGCAAGGCCAGCAGCAGCAAGAUCAACCCGCCAAGGCUGCACCGGCAGAGUCGGAGGACGACGACGACGCAUUCAGCCAUUCCAUCAGCGAGCGGGAUCCGCGCAGACUGUGCAUUGCCGUGCCCUCGGCUGCCCGCCCCGGCGCACCCAUGGACCUCAUCCUCUCCCGCCUCAAAUCCCUCCGGGAAGAGAUUGACGGCCACAAGGACAGGGUCGUGCUUCGCCAGGCAUACUCUGCCCGCAACAACGUCCAGCAGCGACAGUAUGCGCGGCAGCUCGGCUUUGUGGUGGAGGUGGACACGGUUGGCUGGAAGGACCUCAACGCACCGGACAUCAAGCUGACCCUCGGCGAUCCGAUUGACCGCGUGCGGUGGCGAUCGCGCCAGGUCGCCGACUUUGCCAUGACCCUCAAGCGGUGCGCAGAGUUCAAUGUCACGCACGUGCUGCUGCUGGAGGACGACGCGUCGCCGGCCAAGAACUUCACCACCAAGAUGUUCAACCGCAUCAGCGCCUUGCCCACGCAGGACUUUGGGUACGUGUCGCUGUACAGCGGGCUGAACCCGCCCCCGCCAGCGCCGUGGCGCGAGCUCACGGCCAAGGACGACGAGGGCUGGUUCCACGGCGGGGACGGGCGGCACGGUGCAGUGGCCCUGCUCAUGCACCGCAAGCACGUGCCUGGGCUCGCAGACUUUUUGCUUGAGAACAAGCUCGAGCGGCCCGUGGACUGGCUCAUCCCAGGAUACUUUGGCGCCAUGCUCAGGCUGAGGAACUUUGAGCUCAUCCCAAACCUCGCCCAGCACAUAUCCUCCCACUCCACACUGUCGAAGAACAAGAACAGGGAGAAGUGGAAGUCGCACAGCUUUGUCUACGACGAAGCAGAACAACAACAGCAAUAACAACAGCAAUAGCAGUGGCUCUCAUUUGCAGAUGUGGUUGGUGGUGGCUGUGGUUGUGGUUGCGGUGUGGUGGUGAUUGUGAUCCAGCAUCUGUAUGUAAGCGCACGGGCGGAAGCGCGUGCCUGCGCGUGUGUGAGGAGGAGGAGGAGGGGGUGGUGGGCAUAUGACCCGGCGGCCGUUUGGGGGUGACCCGCUUGUGACGUGUGUACAAGGUGUUUAUACAGUCGCAACUUCAGUCAGCCAUUAAUGAACCAACACAACGACUGCUGCUG